UUGUGUCACAGAAAAGGCCUCACAUGAGAUGUCGGACAUUGUUCAGGUAGAAGUGGAUCAGAGCGGAGUGGGGACGUCCAGGGAGAGCUUCUCAUACUUAGUCCCAAGGCUGAUCUCCAUGGAGCCAAGGAAGGGAUCUCGUGCUGGAGGAACUAGAGUGUCAAUCAUGGGGGAAAACCUGGACAUCGGCUUUGAGAUCAAAGUUAUGAUCAACAACACGGUGCAAUGUACCAUCACAGAGAAAACAGAUGAAACCAUUGAGUGCACCAUGCCUCCAGCCUUGCAGCCACACACAGAGUCAGUGUCAGUAUGUGUUGAGUUUGAAAACCUUCCCUGUCAAAGUGCCGAGCUCAGCACCACAUACACGUAUGAGAAGAACCCCACCAUCAGCUUCAUCCACCCCAAAAAGAGCUACCUAAGUGGUGGCAGGACCAUCACAGUGACAGGCCAAGGUUUUGAUCUGGUGCAGAGUGUCACCAUGCAAGUGCUGGGAGUUGGACAAACACAAUGCACAGUGGCCUCCCCCUCCAUGAUCACCUGCCCAUCUCACGCCUCCAGCCUGUCUGAGGAGACCAUGGUGCAGUUCUUCCUGAACGAAAUCCCCUACAUGGGUGACAGUCCUUUCUCCUAUGACAGUGAGACCGACGAAGAAGAGGGGGAGCCUCAUAAAGAUCACUUCAUUUUGGAGUAUGUGGAGGAUCCUCAGUUCUUCACUGCCAACAAGGAGAAGCUGAUUAAACACCAUCCAGGAGAGCCACUUACGCUCAUCAUCAAUAAAGGGCCGAGCGACCUGGAACUAAUGCCGGAGGAAUACUCGGUAAUGGUUGGCUCCUAUCCUUGUAACAUCAGCUUCCACAACGACCAGCUGUUCCACUGCACCAUCAACGAACUGCUCAGCUCUAGCGAGAGAGAGCUGCCUGUCACUGUGCAGGUGGGGAACUUUCGUCACACCAUUGCCAAAGUCCAGCUGGGCGGCAGCGAGCUGGCCAUCGUGGUGUCCAUUGUUGUGUGCUGUGUGCUGCUGCUGCUGUGCACUGUUGCCCUUGUAGUGUACUGCACAAAGAGCCGAAGGGCGGAGCGCUACUGGCAGAAAACUCUACUCCAAAUGGAGGAAAUGGAAUCACAAAUCAGAGAAGAGAUCCGCAAAGGCUUUGCAGAGCUGCAGACGGACAUGACAGACCUGACCAAAGAGCUGAAUCGCAGCCAGGGCAUCCCUUUUCUGGAGUACAAGCAGUUUGUUACACGCACGUUCUUCCCCAAGAUGUUUUCCGAUUAUGAGAAGAGUCUUGUCCAGCCCGUCUACGAGAAUGAUGCCCUUGGCCCUCGAGUGCUGCCAGAGACUCACCCGCUUCUGCAGGACUGGCAGGCCAACAACACGACAAGGCCGAAUGUAGAGGAGGGCAUCACUCUGUUCUCCACACUGCUCAGCAACAAGCACUUCCUCGUCACGUUCGUCCAUGCUUUGGAGCAGCAGAAGGACUUUGCUGUACGAGACAGAUGCAGCCUGGCGUCUCUGCUCACCAUCGCCCUCCAUGGUAAGCUGGAGUACUACACCAGCAUCAUGAAAGAUCUGCUCGUGGACCUUAUUGACGCUUCGGCUUCCAAGAACCCAAAACUGAUGCUCCGCCGCACGGAGUCUGUCGUGGAGAAAAUGUUGACCAACUGGAUGUCCAUCUGCAUGUACAGCUACCUCAAGGAAACAGUGGGUGAGCCUUUCUUCCUGCUGCUGUGUGCAAUCAAGCAGCAGAUCAACAAGGGCUCCAUAGACGCCAUCACGGGGAAGGCCCGCUACACCCUCAAUGAGGAGUGGUUGCUCCGCGAGAACGUGGAGGCCAAACCACUGAACAUCAACGUCUCCUUCCAGGGCUGUGGCAUGGACUCAAUGGCAGUUAGGGUCAUGAAUACAGACACUAUCUGCCAGGUGAAGGAAAAAAUCCUAGAGGCCUUUUAUAAAAACCUGCCAUUCUCCCAGUGGCCCCGAGCAGAGGAUGUGGACCUGGAGUGGUUCGACUCUGGCAGCAACAGUAAGCUUCUGCAGGACCUGGAUAACUCCUCAGUGAUGGAGGAUGGCAGGAAGAAGCUCAACACGGUCUUCCAUUACCAGAUCCCAGAGGGGGCAUCGCUGGCCAUGAGCAUGAAAGACAAGAAAGACAACACCCUGGAGAGAGCUAAAGAUCUGGAUACAGAGAAAUAUGUACACUUGGUCCUACCUCAUGAUGAUCUAAUGGAGAACAAGAGGUCACACAGGCAGAGUCACCGCAAGAAAGUCCUGCCUGAAAUUUACCUGACACGCCUUCUGUCCACAAAGGGAACUCUUCAGAAGUUCUUGGAUGACCUCUUUCAAGCCAUCCUCAGCAUCCCACCGGACCGCCCCCCUCUGGCUGUCAAAUAUUUCUUUGACUUCUUGGAGGAGCAGGCUGACAAACGGGGCAUCACGGACCCAGACGUUUUGCACAUCUGGAAAACCAACAGUUUACCUCUGCGUUUCUGGGUGAACAUCCUGAAGAAUCCUCAGUUUGUGUUUGACAUUGAUAAGACGGAUCACAUGGACGCCUGCCUGUCUGUCAUUGCCCAGGCCUUCAUAGAUGCCUGCUCCAUUUCUGACCUGCAGCUCGGCAAGGACUCCCCUACCAACAAGCUGCUGUAUGCCAAGGAGAUCCCAGAGUAUAAGAAGAGAGUGCAGUGCUACUACCAGCAGAUCCAAGAAAUGGCCCCUCUCAGUGAGCAGGAGAUGAAUGCUCACCUAGCUGAGGAGUCAAGAAGAUACAGAAAUGAUUUCAACACCAACCUGGCCUUGACUGAAAUCUACAAAUAUGCCAAGAAAUACAGAAGCCAGGUGGUGUGCGCUCUGGAGGCGAAUCCCACCGCACGUCGCACUCAGCUGCACCACAAGUUUGAGCAGGUCAUCGCCCUGGUCGAGGACAACAUCUAUGAGUGCUGCAGUGAAGCCUGAACCCUGCCAGUGUCUUUUUCUACUAGCCAUCUCCUUUUCCUGCUGACAGCUGCCUUUCUUCUCGUUCUUGGGAAAGCUCAGCCACUGAAGAGUAAGCCUUCAUGAGCAUCAUUCAUAUGCCCAUGGACUUUAAAAAGCGUUAAAAGUGGCAGAGAAAUAGACUUAAACUUGCCAAUAUCACGACAUGCAUUUAGCUCCUCGGAUCUUGGAGCGCAAAGCAAUCUUCUUGAAUCUUUCCCAGAGACUUGGACGGUCUAACUCGGCUAUGCUUUAGAGGGAAGGUGUUGAAGCUCGGAGGUUAAGCUUUUUCUGGAUGUCUUUGCAGUUACUGGAAUCUGCAGUAAGCCCUGGUGGCAAUCUUAUCACACUGAACCCUUAACGUAAAGGGAACGAGCCAAUGAUGCACUGUACUGUAUUAUAAUGUCCAUAGCAAUAUUUAUAGAUGUGUUAUAAUUAUUUUAAAGUGACCUGUUCAUCAGGAUGAGUAGGAGGGACCUCAAUAAGCUCCUCACAUCUCCUAAAGCCUGCAGCGCUCUCAGGUGUGACCAGUGAAGAUGGGCGACUCUGUCCCAUCAGUGCUUUGAAUAAUAGGACCCCCAUGUGCUUUGCAGGCUGAUGAUGGGUUUAGGAGGAGUGGAGGGAAGAAUUUAAAUGAGUGAAAUAUAUGAAAUCAGAUGUAGUGCGGUUCACUGGGAAGAGCUGCAGCGGUAUAGAAGUGUUGAUCAAUGUGUGCUUGUAAACGAAUGAAUUUCAUGUUGGAUUCUGACCAAUUUAAAAGAGGGAAAUUGACAUUAUGAGGAAAAAAAUGUGAGCUCAAUAUAACCUGAGGAGAGACUGUAUUUGUGAUGCCAAAUGACUUGUCAGAGUUUGUGAAAUAAAUUACAGUAUUUAGGAUUUUAAA